UCUCCCCACAGUGCAGCUCAGCAGAUGGGCAGCGAGCACUGGAACUACUCCACCACUGGCUUUGUGCUGACGAGCCUUUUUAACAACAGCCAGAUGCACCUGUUCCUGUUCAGCAUGGUGAUGUUGGUCUACAUCCUUGCUAUGGCGGGCAACACAGCCAUGGUCCUUUUGAUUUGGAUGGACACCAGACUCCACACCCCCAUGUACUUCCUCCUCAGCCAGUUGUCCUUUCUGGACAUCUUCUUUACAUCAGUCACUGUCCCCAAGAUGAUAGUAGGCUUUCUCUUUGGUUGGACAAGCAUCUCCUUCGGAGGCUGUGGGGCACAGAUGUUUUUCUUCAUGUUCCUGGGGGCUGCAGAGUGCCUCCUGCUAGCCCUCAUGGCUUAUGACCGUUAUGUGGCUAUCUGCAACCCUCUGCGUUACCCAGUGCUCAUGAGCCGCCAGGUGUGCCUGCUCAUGGUUGUGGCCUCCUGGUUGGGAGGAUCCCUCAAUGCCUCCAUUCAGACUUCUCUGACCCUUCAGUUCCCCUACUGUGGAUCUCGGAAGAUCUCCCACUUCUUUUGUGAGGUGCCCUCGCUGCUGAUGCUGGCCUGUGCCGACACGGAAGCCUAUGAGCAGGUACUAUUUGUGACGGGAGUGGUGGUCCUCCUGGUGCCCAUUACCUUCAUUACCACCUCCUAUGCCCUUAUCCUGGCUGCUGUGCUCCGGAUGCACUCCGUGGAGGGGCGUAAGAAGGCCCUGGCCACAUGCUCCUCCCACCUGACAGUUGUCAAUCUCUUCUAUGGGCCCCUGGUCUACACCUACAUGUUACCAGCUUCCUAUCACUCGCCAGGCCAAGAUGAUGUAGUAUCCGUCUUUUACACUGUUCUCACACCCAUGCUUAACCCUGUCAUCUACAGCCUCAGGAACAAGGAAGUUACAGGGGCGAUGAAGAAAGCAAUGGGCAGGUGUGGAGUCAGUAGGAAUGCCUGAGACCCGAGAGAGGACUGAGAGACAAGUACCUCAGACCUCCACAGCAUCAUAUGCAUCGAAUGCUAAGGCAAGGAAAAGG